UGCCAUUGCCAUUGCCGCCGCCAGCCCAUCCCCAGAGCCAGCUGCCAGUCGACCCGGCUGCCGCCGCUGCUGCCUGAGCCUUCUUCGGCUCAACAGCCAACACCCUCUUUGGCUCAGCAGCCGGCACCCGCUUCACUUCAACAGCUUGCGCCCGCUUCACCUCGACAAACGCCGGAGCAUACACGGCCCUGGCCCAGGCAACAACGGCACGCAGCCAAUGGGCAUUCGCAUCACCGCCCAUGCUCUCCCAUACAACGUCCUCGGCGCGCCAAAGCACAACAACGCCAGCAAUAUUCUCGAGCGCGCUCAGGUCGCGCCAAAACUCAUCAAAGCCGCCCAGACUAAUGGCGCCCAGCCGCACCCUGGGCACCGGCGCAAGGCUGCCAACCAAAUGCAGCUCGCGCUCCCACCUGCAAUCCCAGCCACCAAGCGUGCGGCCAAAAAACGAGUCCAGCUGGCGCCUCACUGCUCUGCGCUCCGUGCGCGCGCGCUCAGCCAGGUUUCCGCCGCCAAAGAGCAGGAUAAAGGCCGCCCACUCCUGCGCCAGCCACUGGCGCAUUGCGCUGUCAUCCAGUGCGUGAUCCAAGAACUCCACUGCAAACGCGCCCUUCUCCUUGCCGUACGCCGCAACCCUGCGCGGCAAAACCACCGACAGUUGCACAAGGAUGCCUUGCUCCGGCUCGUAAACCACCGUGCGCCGCUUCUCCGACCGCACCGUAUGAAACCGCGACUGGUUCCCAGUAAAUGUACGUGCAAAGGCAACAAGAGCUGUGGCCAGGCCAAUCUCUCUCAGCUUUGUGUCCAGCGACACCACGCGUUCGCCGGCCGUCCCGGCAACUGCUGUGGCUACUGCUGCUGCUGGCGGUGUUCUGCUGGCAUUAUGGUUGUCGCCUGAGUGUCGCCGGUUGCGCCGGAGAUGUGAGCUGCGCGAAAAAUAGUCAUUGGGUGUGCUCGGGUAGAAUGCUGGGAGUGAGGCUGCAGAGUAAAAGAGUAGCUGCUCGUGCGAUGUGUCCUCCUCUUGUCCGAGCUCUGGGCAGAAUACUGCAAAGUGGGACAGUGCUGCCGGGUAAGUCUGGUCCAUUCAACAGCAACAAAAUAGAAUCCUUACUUGUGCGAAUUCAAGUCAGAUUCAAAUGGAAGGUGCAUAAAAUUCGAAUAAAGAGAAUUAAUAAUACAAAUAUGGAAUUUUAG